AUUUUUUCAGAUCUUCAUUAUAAUCCCACAAGCAUAAUGUUUAUCCAUGUGCCAAGCAUUUCUAAGUUCCAAUGGCAUCCUUUCACUAUCAUUUCUAGCGGAAACUUGGAACCAGAUACGAUAAGUGUCGCCAUUAAAAGCUUAGGAACAUGGAGUCAAAAGCUAUACCAAGAGCUUUCUUCUUCUUCCAAGACCCAUCUAGAGGUCCAUGUAGAAGGACCAUAUGGACCUGUUUCAUCUGACUUGUUAAGGAGGGAAUCCUUAGUGAUGGUAAGUGGAGGAAGCGGUAUUGCUCCAUUCAUCUCCAUUAUUCGCGAAGUUAUACACUUAAGUACUCAACCUGGAUCACACAUUCCAAAGAUGCACUUGAUAUGUGUUUUCAAGAACUCGAUGGAUCUCACCAUGCUCAAUCUUCUAUUGCCAGCAUCAAGCACAAUCUCCUCUGAAAUCUUUUCCAAGUUAGAGUUGAAAAUAGAGGCCUAUGUCACCAGGGACAUUGAAGAGCAGCCCAAGCCUAACCGAGAUCUUAUCCGUUCAAUAUGGUUUAAGCCAAGUCCGAAUGACUCUCUAGUUACUGCAGCCCUCGGAUCUAGCAACUGGCUCUGGCUCGGGGCAAUAAUCAUGACCUCUUUCGUCAUGUUCUUACUUCUUCUUGGGAUUGUGAGUUGUCGCCUUAUAUACCCGACUGAACACAACAAACAAGUUUACAAUUUCAGUGGGAAAGUCCUUUGGGACAUGUUCUUGGCUUGUGUUGGCGUGUUUAUUGGCACUAGUGCAAUAUUUUUGUGGCAAAAGAGGGAGAUAUCGUGUACGGAAGGCAAGCAGGUUCAAAAUGUCGAGUUGCGAACUCCAACAGCUUCGCCCGGAUUACAGUUUCAUGGUGGCGAGACAACAGAGUUGGAAAGCCUCCCACGUGACUCUCUUGUUCAAGACAUAGCCGUGCAUCAUGGUGCAAAACCCAACCUCAUGAGUAAGUAG